AUGUCAAAUACCACUGCUGCUAGUGCUGCUGUUAGCACCAGCAACCCACCUGCUGCUGACGACUCUGCUUCUACAAUUACUGUAAAUACAAAGGCACCGUCGGCCAAUUUCCCUCCUCCCAAGACGGACAAGCCGCGCCCCCACGUCUGCGCAACUUGCCAGCGUUCGUUCGCUCGUCUCGAGCACCUGAAAAGGCACGAGCGUUCACACACCAAGGAGAAGCCGUUCGAAUGUCCCGAAUGUUCACGAUGUUUCGCCCGUCGUGAUCUGCUGCUUCGUCACCAGCAGAAGCUUCACCAGACCUCCACCCCGUCCUCCCGCCCACGUAACCGACGUGAGUCUGCCAGCGGGGUCAAUCCAACUCAGAGCCGACGAAAGAACAGUGUGGCCGGUGUCAAUGCCGCUGGAUCCAAUGCCGCGACCACCCCGAUGCGCCCGAGAGCAAACACAAUUAGCCAUGUAGACGGAGCUGCCAUGCAGAUGCUCGCGUCUGCGAAUGCUUCGGUAGCCCGCGGCAUGGCUCAUAGUCGGCAUCCGAGCUUGGCUGGCCUCCCGGUCCAUAACCUGGACCACGUCUUUGGCGGCAUGUCUACGGUCUUGGGCCAGAGGGGUUUGCAGCAUGGGCUGCCCAAGCUGGAGACGACACAGAUUGGAACCAAUGAUUUUGAUGCCAGCGGCCUGCGGACGGCGCCGCCCAUGGCCGUCUUCAACCCAGACUUCGACUUUGAGGGUUUAUUCUUCGCACCGGGAGGCUCCACAAUCAACCCCAACGCUCUUCAUUAUAAUGACUCCCCACAGUCCAUGGCUCUGGAUCAGACCUCCCCGUUUGGCCAAGGGUUGACUGACGUUACUACGACACAGCACUUUGAUGACAGCCUUGACUGGGUAACAGGAUUUGAGCAUCAGAUGUCAUUCAAUACCAACGAGAACGUGAUUGACGGGUCGAGCCCGUCGGCUAUUAGCACGGCGAGCCAGAGUGGGAUUAGCGAUGUUAUGGUAGAUGGAUCAAACCACCCGGCUCCAGCAGGGACGAGCACCAUGUGGCAACCUUCCGUCAUGGGACCUCCGCAGAUGCCGAACCCGUUUGCGAUGGAUUUGAAUGGUUCAGUCUUUCCAGAUCUCCUUAGUGGUGCUCCUUUAUCACCUCAGCCAGCUACUCAAAAGAUCAAUGACCCGUACUUCUCCGCGCCUCCUCCAACUUCGCUGAGCUCGUUGAGCACAUCCGUCGUAUCUGGAAUGAAUUCUCAAAACUUGAACCCAGCCCUCGGCUUCAACGCCGCCCCGGAAACUCCGUCAUCCCUCAACGGGGGAAACAGCGCAACUUCUCCCGUGACAACCAUAACAGAUGCCACCCGGACUGCUAUCGUGACCAUUCUUUCCCACUGUCUACCCUUUGGUAGCCGUAAAUACUCCUCAUUUUCCUCGCUAGGCUCGCCUUUGUCGCCUCAAAUCCAGUCGAGCGGCAACUCCUCAAACCCGGCCACCACCGUGCCCAGUACUCAGGAUCUCCAGAGAUACGUCAAGGCGUACCUGACAUGUUUUCAUCCUCAUCUUCCAUUUCUGCAUCUUCCUACUCUUUCUUUUGAUGUGUCUCCAGAUUCAAUAGGUCGUUCUAAUGGUGCAGGUGGCAAUGGAUGUUUGCUUCUUUCCAUGGCAGCAUUCGGUGCUGCUUAUGAGAUGGAGCAUGCUCAGUCCAAAGAUUUGUUCGACAUGGCCAAGAAAAUCGUCUUCUUUUAUCUUGAGGAGAGACGCAAGUCAGAUGUCCGAAGAGCCGAUGUUCGACGGAGCACCAUCCCUACUGAAUCAAAAGUCCAGCAGAGUCAGGCUCAGUCCAGCACACCGCUGUGGCUCGUUCAAGCGAUGCUCCUCAACGUCAUAUAUGGCCACACUUGCUCCGACAAGGUGACGAGUGAUAUUGCGUCAACGCAUUGUGCGGCUCUCGUCAGUCUCGCUCAGUCGGCGGGUCUAAUCAACCAAGGCAAGGGCAACGUGUCUGCCAAACAAGACGUUUACAUGGCCGAUACAGGAGGUGCCUGGACGCGUAUAUCCGAUCAAGAAGAGCAAAGGGAAUGGCUUCAGUGGAAAUCGAUGGAGGAGCACAAGCGCACGGUGUACGUCAUCUUCAUCCUGUCCAGUUUAGCUGUGGCCAGUUUCAACCAUAGCCCGGCUUUGACCAACUCCGAGAUUACGCUUGAUCUUCCGUGCGACGAGGAAUUUUUUGCUGCGGAAUCCAGCGCCGCUUUUGCCGCAAAAGGAGGCGUUGAAGCGGCCAACCAUAACCGCUUGACCUUCUUUGACUCCCUGGGCGAGCUAUUACGUACCAAUGAGAGACAGCAUAGGCAAAAUUCCAUGGGCAAUGGUCAAGCUCAAUUCGGGUCACCUACUGUCAAUGUAGAGGGACCUCUGACGAACCUCAAACCUAGCACCUUUGGUUGUCUUGUCCUCAUAUAUGCCCUACACAACUACAUUUGGGAAACGCGGCAGCGACACCAAAACAGGACAUGGACCAACAUGGAAACGGAAAAGAUGCAUACACACAUCGAGCCUGCGCUCAAGGCAUGGCAAAUUGCAUGGUCAAGCAAUCCUCAACAUAGCAUUGAACGCCCUAAUCCGUUCGGCUUAGGACCAAUGUCUGCCGAUGCGAUUCCGCUCUUGGACUUGGCAUACGUGAAGCUGUUUGUUGACUUUGGCCCGGCCAAGGAGAAGCUGUGGCAGCGAGACUGGGAUGGUAUGAUUGAGGAGCUGUCCAGGGGUUGCGAAACACAAGACGACAUCCGUUCCCCGACUUCCACCUCAGAGUCCGGCACAGACCCGUCGUCCAACUCGGUUUUGAACUCUGGAUUCAUGGAUUCCCCUGCCACGCAAAGCUCUCUGAACGGCAUGUCUACAGAGCAGCCAUUCGGCGCUGUCCAGGAUUAUAAUGGAACAGGGCGAAGCAUAUCACGGCGGGAGAGAUAUCUGAGAACAGCUUCAUUCUAUGCUGUCGACUCCCUAUCCAUGUCGGACAAGCUUGGGGUUACGUUUGCGGACAAGACGAGCCACGAGCUGCCCAUGCAGACAGCUCUUUGCACGGCUGAGUGCGCCCAAGUAGUUGCUGGAUGGAUCCUUGCCCUUCAGGAGCGAGUUGGUCAAUAUCUCGGUAUUAUUGGCCAAGACCACAUCGAUUUCAGCCAAGUGCCCGCAAUCAUCCUCCUGGAGGAAGAGGAUAUCAAGCUUUUGGGCAAGGUCAGGGAUAUUUUGUCCACGGCCGAGCUGAAGAUCAAUAUGCACAUUGGACCUGAUGCCACUGGUGCCGUCAACACUUCUGAGUCUGUGCUGGCGCCCGAUGGCUUCACUGGGUAUGCGUCUCAAAUUCUUCGUCUUGCGGCAUGGAUGGUAAACAAAUCCGCUGUUUGGCCAGUAGCUCAUGUAGCCGCACACGGUCUCGAGACUUAUGCGAACCAUCUGCGUGUAAGGGCUGAAAGGUCCGUCAUUGGCUCUAUGCCAAUGGCAUUGUGA